UCUCUCUGCUUUCUCUCUUAUCAACCAAACCCAGCAGAAGCCAACAGUCUCAGCCUUUUCAAAUGAUGAAGUGUUAGCACAGCUAUGAUUCAUUUCCAGAGGAGCUUGUCACUGAAAGCUCCAUCUUCCUCUGCUUCUUGUUCGUUCAUGUUUUCAAGUCCUUCGACUUCUUCAGCUCUCAGGCGCUCAAUGGCUAAGAUGCAGUGCAGGGGGUUUGAGAAUUAUACUAUCAAUUGUUUGCCGGUUUCCCCAGUUUUGACCUUGACUAAGUGCCAAAACUAUUCCCAGUUUAAGUUUAGAAAAUCCAGAGUUUCCUGUAUGAUCAUGUCCUAUGGUGCCAAAAUCGGGCCGAAUUUCUCUCCUUUGAGAACAGGUGGUGAUGGAUUUCGUCCUGCUUUUAGGAUUAAUCCACACUUGAGACCUGGUGCCCUUAAUGUUUUGGGGACUGCUAAUGUUAUGAGUGGUGGAGUUUUUGGGAAUGGUUGUAAAUCGAGUUUAUCAGAUUCUAGAGUUGGAGAUUUUUCCAAGAGGUUUUUGUCUCAAGUUCCGGAGGUGAAGAGUCAAGUAGAGAAUGUAGGCACCCAAGAUGGCAGGAGGCCUGGAAAUAGAAAAUGGUUCAAGAUGAUUAGCAAUCGCAAGAACUUGAAAAAGGCAUUGGCGACUCAAAGUGAAACUGAAGCUACUGUUUCCAACAUCUCCAAAAAUGCUGAUGUAAAAGUUGCAAAUGCAAAGAUGGUUGGAAGUGAGAAGGGGGCCGAGGAGCUUGAAUCAUCAAUUUCAAAUUCCCCUAUAAGCAAAACUAAAGAGGUCUCUAAACCAAAAGCAAAAAGGAGGUCGAAAAGCAAGAAAACCAAAGAUCAAGAUUCUGCUGCUAAUGCUAUAGCAGAAGUUGCUUCAACGCAAAGUUCUGAAAGUACUUCUCAGACCAAGAAAUCUGCCAGGAGCAAAAAAGGAGAAAAGUCUUCACAGGAUUCAGAGCUGAAUGCCACCGUGACAACUCCAGUAGAAGGUGCUGAAAGUUCUUCAACUAAACCCCGACGAAGCAAGAAAGGUGAAAAAUAUAGUGAGAAGGAAAAACCUAUAAAUUCAGCUGCCAAAUCACCACGAAAAUGUGUACCACAAGAUAUGGGGAAAUUGAAACUUCAUGGAAAGAUGACAACUAAGCCGUUGUACCCUGCAUCUGGGAAAACUGUUGUGGUGGUGGAGUCUGUUACAAAGGCGAAGGUUAUUCAGGGUUAUCUUGGUGAUAUGUUUGAAGUGCUGCCUAGCUAUGGUCAUGUGAGGGACUUGGCAGCUAGGUCAGGAUCUGUUCGGCCUGAUGAUGAUUUUAGUAUGGUGUGGGAAGUUCCAUCUGCAGCCUGGACUCAUCUGAAGAGCAUAAAGGUCUCACUAAAUGGUGCAGAAAAUCUUAUCCUUGCAUCAGAUCCAGAUCGUGAAGGAGAGGCCAUCGCCUGGCAUAUUAUUGAGAUGCUGCAACAACAGGAUGCUUUACAUAAAGAUCUUAAUGUAGCAAGAGUUGUCUUUCAUGAAAUCACGGAGGCCUCCAUCAAAAGUGCUCUGCAAGCUCCAAGAGAAAUUGAUCAAAAUUUGGUCCAGGCUUACCUUGCACGGCGUGCUCUUGAUUAUCUGAUUGGAUUUAACAUUUCACCUUUGCUAUGGAGGAAACUACCAAGUUGCCACUCUGCCGGACGAGUCCAAUCUGCUGCACUAGCUCUUGUAUGUGACAGGGAAAUGGAAAUCGAUAAAUUCAAACCACAGGAAUAUUGGACUAUUGGUGUUGAAUUGAACCAAAAAGAACCAGGUUCAUCAGUUAAAUCCAUAUCCUUGCCAGCUCACUUGACCCAUUUUAAUUCCAAGAAGUUGGAGCAAUUUUCAAUAAGUUCUGAUUCAGAGGCAAAAGAUAUUGAGCAGCAGAUUAAUUCAGAAACAUUUAAAGUUAUCAGCUCUAAGAAAAACAAAAUCCGGAAGAACCCUCCUUCGCCUUAUAUAACGUCAACACUUCAGCAGGAUGCUGCAAACAAAUUACAUUUCAGUGCAUCAUAUACAAUGAAGCUUGCACAAAAACUCUAUGAGGGAGUUCAAUUAUCUGAUGGCAAGGCAGCAGGUUUGAUCACAUACACCAGAACAGAUGGAUUACACAUUUCUGAUGAAGCAGUUAGGGAUAUUCGCUCCUUGGUCACUGAAAGGUAUGGACAAAACUUUGCAUCGGCUACUCCACGCAAGUUUUUUAAGAAGGUGAAGAAUGCUCAGGAGGCCCAUGAGGCAAUCAGACCUACUGAUGUUCAAAGAUUUCCAUCGUUGCUCAGAGGUAUACUUGAUGAAGAUUCAUUGAAGUUGUACACUCUCAUUUGGUGUCGGACAGUUGCAUGCCAAAUGGAGUCAGCUACAAUUGAGCAGAUUCAACUUGAUAUUGGAAAUCCCAGCAAGUCCAUUGCCUUCCGAUCUGCAUGCUCAAGGGUUCAGUUCCUUGGAUAUCAGGCAGUUUUUCAGGAUGCUGAAGCUGGAGCAGUCAAAAAUAAGGAAAAUGAAGGGAACAAUCGGGAUGAAGCAUUUGCAAUUCUUGAUUCACUGAAGGCUGGCAGUCCAGUGCAUCUUGGUGAACUGGAACUCAAGCAACAUCAUACCCAACCUCCCCCACGCUACUCUGAGGCAUCUUUGGUUAAGAAGUUAGAGGAGCUCGGGAUCGGAAGACCUUCAACAUAUGCAAGCACUAUAAAGGUUUUACAGGAUAGAAACUAUUUGACUGUAAAAAGCCGUGUGUUACAUCCAGAGUUUCGUGGUCGUAUGGUGUCAGCAUUUCUCUGCCACCAUUUUUCGGAGGUCACAGAUUAUAGCUUCACAGCUGAUAUGGAGACUGAGCUUGAUAAUGUCUCUGCUGGCUUAACUGAAUGGAAAGGCCUCCUAAGAGAUUACUGGACUCGAUUCAGUGGUUAUUGUGAGCGUACCAGUAGUGUCACUAUCCAUCAGGUAGAAAAAAUGAUGGAAAAAAAAUUUGGAGACUUCUUGUUUGCUACUCUCCCUGACCAAAGCAGGACAUGUCCAAGCUGUAAUGAAGGAACUUUGAUCUUUAAAGUAAGCCGAUUCGGUGCAGGCUAUUUUAUAGGCUGUGAUACACACCCAAAGUGCAAGUACAUUGCUAAGACAUUGUAUAGUAACGAAGAAGAUGAUGAUGAGACUCCGAAGAAUGAGAAGGUAGAGGCACCAAAAUUGUUAGGUUUAUCUCCCGGCUCCAAUGAAAAGGUUUAUUUGAAGUCUGGUCCUUAUGGAUCGUAUGUACAACUUGGUGAAGACAGGAAGGGAUACUCACCUAAAAGAGCAUCUAUAGCACAUAUCAAGGAUGCAAGUUCAGUAACCGUUGAAGUUGCUCUUGAGUUGAUGCGGUAUCCUGUGACAUUGGGCAACCAUCCAACGGAUGGGCUACCAGUGAUUUUAAAGAUUUCAAGGUCUGGAUAUAUAGUUAAACAUCGACGAACAAUGGCUUCUCUUAAGAAGAAUCAGCAACCUAAUAAGCUCACCCUGGAGGAUGCGUUGGCACUUUUGUCUGGCACAAAUACACGCAAGAUUGGUCGACCCAAGGGCAAACAAAAGGUUGAAGAGGGAGAAGCCGUAGAAGCCAUGUAGCCUACUACAUCACAUGGAAUCUGCCUUUUCCAGUUAUGGUGACUAAAACCUUCACAUACCAACUAAUGACUUGAGGUUUACAUUAACAUUGGUAAAACAUUACCCCCUGGCUGAUUAAAGUUGUCGUACAGUGGAUGUUGAAGUCCUUGAAACAAAGGUUCGUAUGUUGCUGCAGUAGUUACAUAUGUAGAGAUGGAGAUUGGACAGAGGAAGUUCAUAGAUGCCCUCGCUCUGUCAAACGGCAUAGCUAUAAUUUGAUGGCUUGGGACUAAAAAGGUCAAGAAAUCAUUUUAUGAAGACACAUUGUCAUGUAUACACCGGUAAAUAUCUUUGUUAUAGAGGGAUUCAGUUUAUAGUUAUAGUUUGUAGCUGGUAACUGGUUGGCCAAUUUCCAUACUGGACCAUCAUUUUGGCUGGUUAUUCAAAUUGUUUGAUUAAAGUGGUAAAGCUGGAAACUUGAUUCAUUCUGUAAGAUUUACUGUAAGCUAUUGCAUUUGACCAAUUAUAAUAACACUUGAAAUUUCUGUUACGU